UGUCUGUCCGCCGUCAGUUCCAGUUUCACUGCAGACACUGUUCAGUUUCUACCGCGCCGCGCAGUCGCUACUGCCUCACACCAGUGAUAGGAUAACCUAUUACAAGAUGUCUACCACAAGAGUGCAGCACUUACUGCUGCUAGUCCUCGCCCUAGCGGUUAUUAUUCACACCACACACAGUGCACAGACGGUGAGAAGAAGACUAAGGAGGCCCACAACGGUGGCAAGUGCAGUGACCAAGGUGCGAGGGGACCAGGAGGCCUCGGCUAGCGUGAACAGGUUCAAAGUCCGGACCAGGGAACGAGUGGUGCCGGGUCUGCUGAGCAGGAAGUCCAGCAGCACAGCAGUCAGCAGCGGCAGCAGUAGUAGCAAGGAUGACAGCGGCUACAAGAUCGUAUGCUACUACACCAACUGGUCGCAGUACCGCACAAAGAUCGGGAAGUUCCUGCCGGAAGACAUCGAUCCUGACCUCUGCACCCAUGUCAUCUUCGCCUUCGGGUGGCUCAAGAAGGGAAAACUCUCUUCCUUCGAGAGCAACGACGAGACCAAGGACGGCAAGGUCGGACUGUACGACAGAAUCAAAAACCUCAAGAAGGCCAACCCCAAGCUCAAAACCCUCCUCGCCAUAGGUGGUUGGUCUUUUGGAACUCAAAAGUUCAAGGAUAUGUCUGCGAGUCGUUACGCCCGACAGACUUUUAUCUACUCCGCCAUCCCCUUCCUACGUAACCGCAACUUUGAUGGACUCGACAUCGACUGGGAGUACCCCAAGGGCUCUGAUGACAAGAAGAACUACGUCCUUCUUCUGAAAGAGCUGAGGGAAGCUUUUGAAGCAGAAGCCCAGGAGGUGAAGAAGCCCCGCCUCUUGCUGACGGCUGCCGUGCCAGUGGGACCCGACAAUGUCAAGGGAGGAUACGACGUUCCAGCCGUCGCUAGUUACCUCGAUUUUAUCAACCUGAUGGCAUACGACUUCCACGGUAAAUGGGAACGAGAAACCGGGCACAAUGCACCCCUCUACGCCCCUUCCAGUGACUCCGAGUGGCGCAAGCAGUUGAGUGUCGACAACGCGGCAUCAAUGUGGGUGCGCUUGGGAGCACCCAAGGAGAAACUUGUGGUUGGGAUGGCAACGUAUGGAAGAACUUUUACUCUCAGCAACUCGGGCAACUUCAAGGUCAACUCACCUGCCAGUGGAGGAGGCAAGGCAGGAGAGUAUACGAAGGAAUCCGGUUUCCUGGCGUACUACGAGGUAUGUGAGAUGUUACGGAAUGGAGCGACCUACAUCUGGGACGAGGAGAUGAAGGUGCCCUACGCAGUCAUGGGAGACCAAUGGGUGGGUUUCGACGACGAACGUAGUAUACGUAACAAGAUGACCUGGAUCAAAGACCACGGCUAUGGAGGCGCUAUGGUGUGGACCGUCGACAUGGAUGAUUUUAGCGGAAGCGUGUGUGGAGGUGACGUCAAAUAUCCUCUCAUCGGAGCCAUGAGGGAAGAGUUGAGAGGUAUCAAGAGAGGACCUAACGCGAAGGAUGUGGACUGGAGCAAGGUCGCUAAUUCUGUCAGCGUAGAAGUUGCUACUAAACCCGUGCCUAUCAAAAUCCCAGUCAGCGAACUCCUAAACAAAGUCAAGGGAAUCAAACCCUUAGUCCCUACUGCGCUCACCAUAACCAACAAGAAUGAGAGACCAGCCCAAGUUUUCUGCUAUAUGACAAGUUGGUCUAAGAAGAGGCCUGGAGCGGGAAGGUUCACUCCCGACAACAUUGACCCCUCUCUGUGCACUCACGUGAUCUACGCUUUCGCCUCGCUGAAGGAUCACAGGCUAGCAGAGGGCGAGGACAAGGAGGGACGAGAUAACGAGAAGGAAGGAGAGAGAUACAAGCAAGUGGUUGCCCUCAGGGAUAAGAAUCCUGAUCUUAAGAUCCUGCUCGCCAUCGGAGGAUGGGCUUUCGGCUCCUCGCCAUUCAGGGAGCUGACCAGCAACGUCUUCAGGAUGAACCAGUUCGUGUACGAGGCCAUCGAGUUCCUCAGGGACUACAAGUUCAACGGCCUGGACGUCGACUGGGAGUAUCCAAGAGGAGCAGAUGACCGUGCCAGCUACGUGAACUUGCUGAAGGAACUGCGCCUUGCGUUCGAAGGAGAAGCUAAGAGCUCAGGCCAGCCAAGACUGCUCCUCACUGCAGCUGUUCCUGCUAGUUUUGAAGCUAUUGCUGCCGGAUACGAUGUCCCCGAGAUCGCCAAGUACCUGGACUUUAUCAACGUCAUGACGUAUGACUUCCACGGCCAGUGGGAGAGACAGGUUGGACACAACAGUCCUCUCUACCCUCUGGAGAGCGCGACUGCCUACCAAAAGAAACUCACUGUUGACUACAGUGCCAGGGAGUGGGUGAAGCAGGGAGCUCCCAAAGAGAAGCUGAUGAUCGGGAUGCCCACCUAUGGACGAUCCUUCACUCUCGUAGACCCGGCCAAGUUCGACAUCGGGGCGCCCGCCAGUGGGGGAGGAACCCCGGGCAAGUACACGGGGGAGGCCGGCUUCAUGUCCUACUACGAGGUGUGUGAGUUCCUGCACGGAGAUAACACUACGCUUGUCUGGGAUAACGAGCAGCAAGUACCUUUCGCCUACAGGGACGACCAGUGGGUCGGUUUCGACGACGAACGCUCUUUGAAGACCAAGAUGGCGUGGUUGAAAGAGGAAGGUUUCGGAGGUAUUAUGAUCUGGUCAGUGGAUAUGGACGACUUCCGAGGACAGUGCGGGACAGGCAAGUUCCCUCUCAUCAAUGCCAUGAGACAAGAACUCGAGGACUACCGUGUCAAACUGGAAUACGACGGCCCAUUCGAGUCCUCCAGCCCCGGAGGAGCGUACACUACCAAAGACCCGACAUCGGUGACGUGCGAGGAGGAGGACGGCCACAUUUCCUACCACCCGGACAAGGCGGACUGCACCAUGUAUUACAUGUGCGAAGGUGAGAGGAAACAUCACAUGCCGUGUCCCUCUAACCUCGUGUUCAACCCUAACGAGAACGUGUGCGACUGGCCCGAGAACGUCGAGGGAUGCACACAACACACCCCUGCACCCCCGGCCAGGCGGAGAUAGUCGGGCGGUCGUACUUCAGAGGCGGGGAAUCUACCGGAGUCCGGGCCCACGAGCCUGGCGGCGCGGAGGUGAUAGGUGUUGAAGGCUGAAUAUAAAUCUAAGAAACUCCGACCAGUUCGUCAACUUUAAAAAUUUUAAUCAAUUACCUCUCUCCGUACAUCGUACGUAAUCGUACAACUGAAAUGAACAAGGAUUUAAACCUAUAGAACGUUGAGGAACAUGUAUACAGUAUAACUAUUCCUAAAGUUGUAUAUUUUACACAAAAAGUUACUAUUGUAUAUGUUUUAUGAAUUAAUUUUCUUUAUUACGUACUUAUCACAAGGAAAAUUAUAAAAAUAUUUAAUAGAAACAUUUAUUCAACUUUAUUAAAAUAUUCAAACUGGUUGACGAACUCACCAGUAAAUAUACGUUUUCUUCACAAAAUAUUACUAAAAAGUUUUAAUUCUUUUAAUAAGUUUUUAAACUAUAAUUGUAUUAAAUUUUAUACAUUUAAAAUUCUGUGAUGAAUACAGUAUUUUGAGAAGUAUACUAUUGCAUUUGUCUAAACUCCUAGUUAACUUAUUAUAUGCAUUUUUAAACGAAGUUUUAUUUGAAGAGGUAUUUUGGAAGGACUUGUAAUGCGCUUAAAACUGAAUUUUUAGGAUGCAUAUCUGAACCCCGUGAAGGAAUUCUCCUUUUUAUCAGCUUAGUGUACUAAUUAAACAAAGCCAGUGCCUUAUUGAAUAAGUGAAUAUAUAGAUAUCUUGUAUAAAGUGAAGCAUGUAAGUUCUAGAACACGUUUUUAUUUAUGUUGGCCCUUAUUCAGAGAUCACGAUUCCCCGUCAACCAAAAGUGACAAUAUUAAUUUAGUAACGAAAAAUUCUGUACAAAAUGCGUGUAGUUAACGAUUUGUAUUGUUUUGUAUAAAAAUAAAAGUAUUAUUUCUGAGA